AACAACCCCCCCUUCUUCCCUCUUCUGUCUCUCUCUCAAAGGUUUCUCUGAUUCCUCCAAGCAGAAGCAACAAAAGAACCUUCUCGAUUUAUCCUCCCUCCUCACUUCGAUCCCCCGCCAUAAACCAUGAGUCUGAACCCUAUCCCCUCCGAUCACCUGCAACCAGACAAACCGGAGACUCGCAACCACUACAAUCCCUCUCACUCCUCCGACUACGCUCCCUACCCAAAGCUUGAUCCAAACGACGUUGUUCUCCCUCCUACUGCCGCCGAGACAUGGACCUCUGUCCCCGUCGGCUCUGAACCAUCACCGCCGCCGCCGCCUCCGCCUCCGCCGCCAGCCGGACAGCCGUCUGUCAACACUCCUCGAUCUCCAUCGGCUUCGGAAGGCCCCGCUCCCAUUUCUGGAAACUCCGCCACUACUAUGCCUCCGGAGUCCAAUCCUUACGUGUCUCCGGCAACGGUGCCACAAUCUUCUAUGAAGAACACAAUGGAUUCGGUGAAAGAUGUCCUUGGAAAAUGGGGGAAGAAGGCGGCCGAGGCGACAAAAAAGGCCGAGGGUUUUGCUGGAGAUAUGUGGCAGCACUUGAAAACGGGGCCCAGUUUUGCUGAUGCUGCUGUUGGAAGAAUCGCCCAGGGAACAAAAGUUCUUGCAGAAGGUGGCUAUGAGAAAAUUUUUCGACAAACAUUCGAGAUUGUUCCCGAGGAGCAACUUUUGAAGUCAUAUGCGUGCUACUUAUCCACAUCUGCUGGCCCAGUCAUGGGGAUAUUAUAUGUGUCAACUGCAAAACUCGCAUUUUGUAGUGACAAUCCUCUUUCAUACAAAGUUGGUGACCAGACACAAUGGAGCUAUUAUAAGGUACUAAUUGUAUUUGCUAUAAAUCUUAAUUGCUAG